GUUCUUGUUCGGCUCGGCCACAGUGGUGGCUCUUGUGAUCUUGUCCUGGCGCUCUUAAAUUAGAUUGAUCGUCGAGGGGGGCUCAAGAACAGGAUCAAACAGAGGGGCACUCUGCGACUUAAGUGAAAUCUCAAGGGAGGUUUUUGGCCGGAAAAAAGGUAGUACCAGACUAUACAGUGGGGUGGUGGUACUCGAAAGAUUCUCGCUUUUUUUCUCUCGCAUUUUGGCUGGGUUCUUCCACUAGCGAGAAAGAGCUUAGAAGAAAGUCUGUGGCGUUUUGUGGCGCGCAUCUCGGAGAGAAGAGCAGAGCUAAACCAGAAACAUACAUUGUUCUUCCUAGCUAGCUCGAGCGAAGAACAGGUUUUCGAUCGAGUCCCUGCGACUGCGAGAAGUUAACUCUCGGAUCCAUGGGCGGAUUUCCUCUCCGCGGUGCUCUUGUUCUUGGGCUUUGGCUGCUCUUCCUCUCCAUCACCGCUCAAUGCCAAGCUCCAGCGUCAUUUGUUUUUGGGGACUCGCUGGUGGAUGGUGGCAACAACAACUAUAUCUUUUCGCUGUCCAAGGCCGACCAGCCGGCUAAUGGCGUCGACUUUCCCGGCGGACGGCCCACUGGGCGAUUCUGCAAUGGAAGAACCAUCCCGGACAUCAUCGGCGAGAGUUUUGGAAUUCCAUACGCUCCACCGUAUCUAGCACCCACAACGCACGGCGCAGCGAUCUUAAGGGGGGUGAACUAUGCGUCCGGUGGUGGAGGAAUCGUGGACGAGACCGGACGGAUCUUCAUUGGGAGAUUGUCGCUGUCAAAGCAACUUCUCUACUUCCAAAACACCACGCGCGAGCUCAAAUCCAUGCUCGGCGAGGACGCUGCCCGCCAGUACCUCGCAAAAUCCAUUUUUUCCGUCACCAUCGGCGCCAAUGACUACCUCAACAAUUAUCUCUUGCCCGUUCCUCUCACCGGGGACUCUUUCCUCACGCCGCGCGCCUUCCAGGACAAGCUCAUCACGAACUUCCGGCAGCAACUCACAACGCUUUACAACUCGGGUGCUCGCAAGAUCAUUGUCGCGGGAGUUGGACCCAUCGGCUGCAUCCCAUAUCAGCUCACGCUCAAUCUCCGGAGAGAUGGGAGUUGCGUUCCGAGUGCCAACAAGCUUGCACUGAACUACAACACGGCCCUGAGAGAUCUCAUCCUGGAACUCAACUCCAAACUCCCCGGAUCGAUGUUCUCCUAUGCAAACGCUUACGACGUUGUCUGGGAUAUCAUCACCAACAAGAAAAACUACGGCUUCGAGACGUGCGAUCUAGCUUGCUGCGGGAUUGGAGGGCCGUACAAGGGGGUUCUUCCCUGUGGCCCAAACGUGCCCGUGUGCAACGAGAGAUCGAAAUCCUUCUUCUGGGAUGCGUACCACCCCAGCGAUGCCGCCAAUGCGAUUGUGGCCAAGCGCUUCGUCGAUGGCGACGAGCGAGACAUUUUCCCGCGCAACGUGAGGCAGCUCAUUGAAAUGUGAUUGAUUGAUCGAUCCAUCCAUUCCAUUUUUUUUCAUAUCUCCACUCACUGAUCCUUCAAUGCAAUCCAGCUCCUCCCAUUUAUCUA